CACAUCCCGCCCCUUUCCACCGGCGUUCAAUCGGCAGGCAAUUUGACUGUUGCAGGCUCGGUAUGUGGCGCAUGAGUGUGCAUUUCGGGAUGUAACGCCUGUCUUUUGGAGUACCCACACUGAAUUUGAACAGAAAUACAUACCUGGUGGACUCACAAGAGAGAACACAUUGACUAAAGGAGUUUACGAGGGUACGGAGAGGAGGGAGACACGGGAGCGUGGCAGGAGGGACCGACACCGCACGCAGAAAUGGCGGAGCACCACACAGCCAGCGACGGCAAGCAGCACAAAGCGUCCACCAACGCCGGGGGCUCGGUGCACGGGAACAGCAGACCCGGCGCCGCAAGUGGAGGAGGGGGGAAAGGAGGCCUGUCUGGCGGGCUGACACAGCCAGCAGGGUGGCAGUCUUUACUCUCCUUUAGCAUUCUUUUUCUGGCCUGCCUGGCGGGAUUCAGCUCCAGACUUUUCGCCGUGAUCCGGUUCGAGAGCAUCAUCCACGAGUUUGAUCCAUGGUUCAACUACAGAUCAACGCACCAUCUCACCACAAAUGGCUUCUACGAGUUCCUCAACUGGUUUGAUGAGAGAGCAUGGUACCCCCUGGGCAGGAUCGUAGGUGGAACAGUAUACCCAGGCUUAAUGGUGACAGCCGGUCUCAUCCACUAUGUGCUCAACUUGCUGCACAUCACCGUACACAUCCGUGACGUGUGUGUCUUUCUGGCUCCGGUAUUCAGUGGGCUGACCGCCAUCUCCACCUUCCUGCUGACACGGGAGCUGUGGAACCAGGGUGCAGGGCUGCUGGCGGCCUGCUUCAUCGCCAUCGUCCCUGGCUACAUCUCCCGCUCUGUCGCUGGCUCUUUUGACAAUGAAGGCAUUGCAAUCUUCGCCCUGCAAUUCACCUACUACCUCUGGGUGAAAUCAGUGAAGACAGGUUCUGUAUUCUGGACCAUUGGCUGUUGUCUCUCCUAUUUCUACAUGGUGUCAGCAUGGGGAGGUUAUGUGUUUAUUAUCAACCUGAUUCCUCUGCAUGUGUUUGUGCUGCUGCUGAUGCAACGCUACAGCAGGAGAGUCUACAUAGCCUACAGCACUUUCUACAUCGUGGGUCUCGUGCUGUCAAUGCAGAUCCCGUUUGUUGGCUUCCAGCCAAUCAGGACAAGCGAGCACAUGGCUGCAGCCGGUGUGUUUGCACUCCUCCAAGCUUAUGCCUUCCUGCAGUACCUGAAGGACCGGCUGACCAGACAGGAGUUCCAGACACUUUUCUUCCUCGGGGUCUCCCUUGCUGCAGGAGUGGUCUUCCUCACUGUGAUCUACCUCACAUACACAGGAUACAUUGCUCCGUGGAGUGGUCGUUUCUACUCCCUCUGGGACACCGGCUACGCUAAGAUCCACAUCCCCAUCAUCGCCUCCGUGUCAGAGCACAGCGACAACAUGGUCUCCUUCUUCUUUGACCUCCACAUCCUGGUCUGCAUCCCAGCAGGCCUCUGGUUCUGCAUCAAGAACAUCAAUGACGAGCGAGUGUUUGUGGCCCUGUACGCCAUCAGCGCCGUCUAUUUUGGUGUGAUGGUGCGCUUAAUGUUGACACUGACUCCAGUGGUGUGCAUGCUGUCUGCGGUGGCUUUCUCCAGUGUCUUUGAGCACUACAUGGGAGAUGACACCAAGAGGGAAAAACCCCCUGCUGAAGACAGCAGCGACGAGGAUGACAAGAGGAAUUCUGGGAAUCUAUAUGACAAGGCCGGCAAGGUGCGCAAGCAUGUGUCAGAGCAGGAGAAAGCAGAGGAGGGUCUUGGUCCCAACAUCAAGUCCAUCGUCACCAUGCUCAUGCUGAUGCUGCUGAUGAUGUUUCGCCGCCACUGCACAUGGGUCACCAGCAAUGCCUACUCCAGCCCCAGUGUGGUCCUCGCCUCGUACAACCACGACGGGACACGUAACAUCCUGGAUGACUUCAGGAGGCUUACUACUGGGCUGAGGCAGAAUACAGACGAGCAUGCACGCGUCAUGUCAUGGUGGGACUACGGUUACCAAAUAGCUGGCAUGGCUAACAGGACCACUCUUGUAGAUACAACCAUGAACAACAGUCAUAUAGCACUGGUAGGGAAAGCGAUGUCAUCCAAUGAGAGCGCAGCUUACACGAUCAUGAGGUCUCUGGACGUGGACUACGUGCUGAUCAUCUUCGGGGGAGUUAUCGGCUACUCGGGAGACGAUAUAAACAAGUUCCUGUGGAUGGUGAGGAUAGCAGAAGGAGAGCACCCUAAGGACAUCAGGGAGAGUGACUACUUCACUCCUCAGGGAGAGUUCAGGGUGGACAAAGCCGGUUCGCCAACUCUGCUCAACUGCCUCAUGUACAAGAUGUCCUAUUAUCGAUUUGGUGAAAUGCAGCUGGACUUCGGACGCCUCCUGGCUUCGACCGCACACGCAACGCAGAGAUCGGCAACAAGGACAUCAAGUUUAAACACCUGGAGGAGGCGUUCACCUCAGAGCACUGGCUGGUCAGGAUCUAUAAGGUCAAGAAGCUGGAACAGAGAGCCACUGGACCACAAGCCCCGCAGUGUAGUGCCCAGGCAGAAGUACACCUCCAAAAAGACUGCCAAGAGGAAGCGAGGACACAUUAAGAACAAGUUUUCCCUGAGGAAAGGCAAGAACUGCAAAAAAAUAAUGAUGACCAUGAACUCUUCUAGGAAAACAAACAAAUGCGAAGAAACCUCGAACAACCAAUGAAGAAGAACACAGGGGGGCCAUUUAUCUGGCACUUGGCACUCAAGCGCUUCCCAUAAGAGAGCGCCCCUGUGUGGUGAGGAAGUUGAAGUGUCAUAUCUGGCUAGCUCCAGACCUGUUGUCUGUUUUAUCCUGAGGAUCUUUGUCUUGCUCAUUUUUUCCCCUGAUUUUUCUUUUUCUUUUUACUUGAAUGUGUGGCAAGGCAUAGGGCUGCUCUACUUGGUUCCACGUCUAUUAAUUUUGUGGUACGUUAAUAAACUGCUUAUCAGUGCAAGGAUUGUGAGGGGGCGAAACAAGAGAAGACUAGGAACAUUUGCACCAAAGACCCAUCGACCUUGCUCCAUGGCACAUGUGAACUCAUCACUGAGCGAGAGGAGGCACAGGAGAGGAAACUGAGGACUUGUUCCUGACACGUGUACAGAGGAGAGUAUGCGGCAUGGAGGAACGUCACUGUUUAGGCACAGCUCAUCUGUAAUAUUAACCUUUUUAUUAUCAUCAUCUCCUUUCCGUCUGCCUGGCUCCCCAACCUUCUUUUCCACAAAUUCCUCAAAAAAUUGGCCUAAUGUGUAAAUAUGUUAUGUAAAGAAAUGUCUAAGAGGAUGAUAAUAUAUUGGAUUAUUGUGGUGAUUUUUAAUAUGCAGUUUUUUGUUUUUCUCUUAAUUUCUUUGUGAUUUUUUUGUAUGACAGCAAAUAGAACAGUGAAUGCAAUAAUUCUUGUAUCGAGGGGCUUUUGAGAUUUUGUUGGAAGAAUGAAUGUGAAUUUUUACAAUGUCCCCCUCCACCUUUGGCCCUCUUUUUCAUAAAUUGCAUAGAUUGUACAUUUCUGCUGCUAGGGUUUUAAGACAGAAGCAGUCAACUGUGUGUACAAAGUAGUGAUAAUUAAUUAGGCCUCCUGUCCUGCAGGGUGAGCUCCCUAGUUCAGUGUGCAAAGCCUAGUGCCUCAUCGCUGGUCAUCAUUGCCUCAUUCAUUUUGACCGUCUUUUUUUUUUCUUUUUCUUAUUUUCUCUGUUUAACUCAUGUAAGUGCUUCUGCCAGACUGAGGCUUUGGAAACUGGACUUUUUUAAGAUGUCUGAAAAUAUACUGGUGAACUGUGAAGAAGCUGGCACAUAGGCACUGAGACAAGAUGACAACUGAGAAUAGGAAAGUUAAGAAAACUUGUCAAUACAACUUGUCAAUAUCUGUGAGUUGGUGAACUUUUGAUCGUCAAAACAAUUCCCUAGAGCUGUGUCCCAACCCCAUACUGCAUUAAUGUCUGACCUCAAGUGAAUUACAACAAAAUAAUUCAUUGGGGAAUGAUAUAAAGAAAACAAAAAAAAAGGAACAAAUCCUCAUCCUGGUAAAAUUUGAAGUACUUUUUUUUUUGUCCAGUAAACAGAAUAAGAAAAAAUUACUAAUCCAUUUAACCUUCCCAAAUUUUAGAAUUAAAAUGUACUCCAGAUAUAACUUAAACACCAUUCAGGUUGCAUUUAAGGGUUAUUAUCAAUUAAUGUAAUGCUUUUUAUCUUUAAAAUCUGUUGGACAAAUCCCACAAAUAUAAAAUUCAUAUGAAUCAAAAGAGCAGCAAAAUUUUCAAACUAGAGAAUGUGGACCAAGCAAAUUGGUACCAUUUCAACCUAGGAGUAACUAGGUUGUGGGCAUCUCCCACAAUGCACCUCAGUAGAUACUUGGGCUACACCUUCAAUGUAUAUUAGAUGUGUGUUUUUCACUUUCACACUCUGAAAUUGUAGUUUUUUGUUAAAGAGAGAGAAAGGGGAAAUGAAAUAACUUACCAUGUAGGAUGAUUAUGUGACAGUUACUUUAUCUAUACAUAUGGGAAAAUAGAGUUUUGAAUGCACUGUUAGUGAAAACUGAUUAAUCUGCAAAAAAUAUUCAAAAAUGUUAUGGAUAGUGCUUUUUCUUUUCUUAAGUUUAUAAAUUCUCACAUAUAAAGCAAACUAUAAUCUUUUUUCGCCAAAGCUGUCACGUUUGCUAGAAAUAAGUUUCCUAAAGAAACGUUUCUCAAAAAUAUUAAAAUGCCUUGCUUGAAGGUACAGUAUGCAGUUUUAGCAGCAUUUAGCAGGACAGACUUGUCAGAAAUGUGUUAUGAUAUUCAAUAGUAUGUUAUAAGCGCAUAAUUACCUGGAAACAUUUCUAUACAUUUUUUGUUAACUAAAAAUGGGCCAUUUAGAUUUGCAAAAGGGUGGCCUCCCUUCCAUGGAGGCUACCAUCUUGUACUGCCAUGUUCCUACAGUAACCCAGAAUGGACAAACUAGUAUUGGCCAAACACUUUUUUAAUUUUCGAAGUUAUUUUUGCCUUGAUUGUUUGGAAAGCUGAAGACAGGCCUGAAAUUAUACGGAGUGGAGAGCGGAGAGGGACAUUCAGCAAAGGGUUGAGACCAGGAGGAAGCAUAUGAAUCUAGAACCUGACCACUACAUGUCACUAAAUAUUCCCAUUUCUGCACACUGUACCUUUAAGAAAAUGACUAAAUGAUUAAUACAGCAGAACUAUGAGCUCACAGUUAGGACACAGCUCUACUGCACAGUUAAUCGUUGACUUAUAAUUCUUUGGACACAGGAAUGUACGUCAUGUGUCUGGAUUUUCAGACGCCAUGUCCAAACACUAAAGAAGUUUCUGAGUGUGCACGCUUCAGCAACUAUUUGUAUCGAAUAAGUGACACAUCAAAAGACUAACACAUCAAACAGCUGUACAUGCUUUGUCACAUCUCACAGAAAGUGACUUUUUCUUAAUGAGUAUCACCUGUUCCUUUGUUUUUCUUUACACUUGUUUUUCUGUCUGAAUUGCUUUGUUCUUUUUCCUCUUAUCCUCCUUGAAACCAUGUGUCAUCACUUGUAGGUGUCAGACUUGCAACACAAUGCCACAUUGUUAUUGUAUCUCGAUCUCGCCUAAGCCGCGUCACGUCCUUUUGAUUUCUUAUUUGUCAACCGAGGAGAGAGUCAGACUAAGCCUUAAUGUGAUGUACAGUUUCUUGCCCUCUUUAUUUUGUUUGUUUCAUUUAUGGUUCAUUAUGAGCAGCAAAACGGUUCCUUUCUCUGCUAAGUUUAUCCAUGUCUAGUAGCUCAGUUCUGUCUGUCCUGGACACUGUUUUUGUUUGAUGAAAUCCCUCCUUCCCUCACUUUGGAAAGUUUACAUUUUACAUUUGUUGCUCUGUUCAGCCAUCUUUAAAUAUACACCUUAAUGAAAA